AUGUUCUAUCCGGACGUGUUCCUGUACCGAGAUAGCUUGUUGUACAGAAUGUACGUGCACUCUUGCAUGAAAAGGGCAAGCACAGCAGUCCCCGUUGAGUCAAUUCGCGAGUGUCUGGAAGCAGUUUUACAACACGACCUUUCUCUCCGGCUGCAGUCUAAGCUGAUGGUCUCCAUUGUGAACACUCUGCUUCUGCACUACAAGAGCAUGCUUUCUUCGAUCGUUAAGUCCCUCGCGGGGAAAGCUCCGGCGCUGAAACCGUCGCAAAAUAAGGUCUCAGCGAGCGUAACGUGCCCGUACAACUUGGACAUUCUGUGCAGGCUCAUUAGCAAGCCCCGCACUGAGUCCCUGGAAGAAGUAGAGUGUGUUCGGGGAGGGUCUAGCAUCUCUGUGGACGGAAUAACAGUCGCUGUUUCAGGCACUCCCAGCGAGUUCGGGCCUGGCUUUCUCGUAAGCGGCCCUGCCAAAAGAGUUAAGCUCGACAGAAGCAUCAAUAUAGCUUAUUUGCACGUUUCUGUGCCGCCUUUCCAGAGGGAAAAGUGGUAUUCCCGCCUUGUCAAGGGCCUGGUUUCCGUUGAGGAGGGGCCGGACCUGCCUGGCGACAUAUCCUCCAUCGAAGCUGUGAGAAGAUACUCUUCUGACAGGUCCGCAGACGACCUAAUAUUUGCCGAACCGCCAGAAAGUGCGGAAUUUACCCAAAUUUCUUCCGCUGGAAGGGCCCCUGCACCAGGGACAAAUCCGAGAAUAUCCGAGUUCAUAGGCCUCCUCUACGAAAUCUCCGAGGGCAAGGCUUCUGCCGUGCAGGCUGUUCCGUACGGGAGGAUAAUACGGAUAUAG